AAAGAGAGAAUGGGUGAGGGAUGGGGGCCAGGCACUCUCGCACACAGCAAAUAAAAGGAGGGGCAGUGGUUUAGCAUAUGACAUCAUCCAUAGUUUUUUAAAUAAACCUCAGGCCAUGGUUCUUCAUUGGUUCCAAGCUGGAUAAAUCUAUUUUUUUUUUGGGGGGGGGGGUGCGCUUCUGCAGUUUCACCCUCCCUCGAGGAAGCUUCUUCGGUCCCGGGAACGUUACUAAAGAGGGAUGCACGCCGUUUGAACAAAUCAAUUGAAACUGCAGCGUCAGUCCGAAGCUUGCCAGUGAAGGGAGACAGUUGCACGUUUGUUUGUCCUCUACUUUUAUAACCUCCGCACCGACAUAUUUGGUCUGUUUUUGUCCAGCCAGCGAGGAAGUAGCCUUCAAAAAAAGGAGUCUCCUACAACGGUACCUGAGAAUUUGUGGGGGGGAAACGCUGCGAAGCGUGCCUCUACAUUCUUACGAUCCUUGAGGACGUUGGCUCCACUCCAGGUUCAGUGUGUUUGUGAGCCGCCGGAUCCGGUGAGUGAGACCGUUGCCGGGCCUACAAGGGAUGAAACCGGAUGGGGUUGCCAUGGAGCCCACAGAAGCCGUAGGAGCCGAGCCCUCGGCCCAGGGGAUGGCCACCGACGAGAUGCCCGCCCAGCCAGCUCCUUCAACUUCCCCGUCCUCUCCAUCACAGCCUGAAGACACCCAAAACCCCACAGCAGCCCCUGAAAACCCCACAGCACCCCCUGCAUCCAAGGAGGUCAAUGGGGCCAAUGGCAAGGCAGCAGCUGACCCCAAACCCAAGGCUAAGACCGUGGGCUUGGCUAAACCAGGGCCAGGCACAGCUGGAACCAAGACCGCAAUGGGUCCGGCAUCAGGACCCGGCACCUCUCGUCCGGGCACGGCCCCAAGCCACAUGGCCAAUGGAUUAAAGUCCUCGGCCGGUGACCUGGCCAAGAAAGCCGCUUUGGACAAAAAGAGAACCACCACUAUAGCUGGAGCACCGGCUGCAGCCACAAAGAGGUCCGUGGCUUCCACUGUCAGGACCCAAACUAAAGUAGCUGUCCGAGUCCCCAGGUCAACCUCUGCUACCAGGCCAACCAACGCUACAUGGAUUGGGGCGACGGGGCCUGGCAUUCCAACGAGGAGACCUCCAGCUGCUGGACCCAUUAAUGGGGCUGGGGCCAGACCCAAAACCACAGCUUCCAGGCAUGCUGCCCCCAAGCCUCCCAGCACUUCAGCUGCGGCCAAACCCGAUAGGACACUGGUUUCCAAGACAACCAGGCCUGCCGCUGGUCACACUGGGUUGUUAAUGGGCACAUCCAAGCCUGCUGCUGCCGGCUCCAGCAGACCUGCAGCUUCCAGAGUCGGUACCACAGCCCCCUCUACUGGCAGGACUACCACAGUGCAGGCACCCAAACCUACAGGCCCUGCCAAGAAAGAUGUCAGCAGACCAGCAACCACUACCGCAGCCAGAAAGCCGGUAACAUCCACCACUACUAAAAAGACCAAACCUGACCCCCCUAAAGCGACUGCAGCCUCCAGACCCGAGCCCGCCUCCAAAAGGCCCCAUCCCACCAAGGCGGCAGACACCAAGCCAGCCCGCCCUACAUCACAGGACCCCAAGCCCCUGCCCACACGUAAAGCCCCUCCCACCACACGGCCCCCUGCCACACGACAGCCCCAGGGUAAGACCCCCCCUGCCUCCCCCAGCAACAAGCCCGUGGGCAGCACCGCCCCCCAGUCGGUCAAACGAGCCUCUAAACCAACCCAGUCUGUUCUGCCCUUCACUGCCAGACCUGGAGCUCCCAAGUCUGCAGCAGCAGUGGCUGCCACAGCAGCAGCUGCCGUGGCAACAGUCGCCAUGACAGCCACAGCAGAGCCAGAAGUGGCAGAGUCAGAAGUCCCAGCACCAGUGUCUGCAUCUUUGCCAGCAGUGGCCCUAGAGUCCAGAGAAGAGGUUUCAGCCCCAACUCCUCAGGAUACUACUUCUCCAUCUCCACCACAGAGCCCACUCAGGCUGGCUCCUGCUCCACCACAGAGCCCACUCAGGCUGGCUCCUGCUCCACCACAGAGCCCACUCAGGCUGGCUCCUGCUCCACCACAGGACUCACUAGUCACUGUUGCCCAGGAGGAGAGGUCUGAACGACCAGAGACUGUCCCAGCAGCCCCGCCACAGCCAGCACCAGACCAGACCUUACACCAGGACAUCCCCACAGCAGUGGCUAGGGCUACACCCAGCCCUCUGGAUUCCUCAGAGAAAGCCCAGCUCAACAUGGAUGAAGAAGAGGACGAGGAGAGGGAGGGCAGCCAGCGGGUGUCUGUGUCAGAAAUGAGUGGCUCCCAGCCCACGGAAGAGUCCAGGCCGGGCUCAGCCGGCCCUGCGGGUUCAGGGUGGCGUGCAGGCGGCGCCCUGCUAUCGGAGCUGGACUCUGAGGUGAGCUGCAGCCAGCAGGGGGCGUCGGAGCUGAGCGCCCUGGGCGUCCUGGAGGGCACAGAGAGUAUGGAUGACCUAGGAGACGCCAGUCUGAAGGGUGCCAUCGACAUGGAGGGCAUGUCUGCCUCGGUCGGCUCGCCUGACUUCGAGAAGGUGCCCGACAUCCCCACCAAUGAUUUUGAUGACGACGAUGAAGACGGAGACCGGGUGUGCGACAUGGAGGUGGGUUCGGAACGGGCGGAUGACCCGAGAAGAGCGGGGCGUGACGAGGAUGACGAUGUGGAGAUGGCCAGUGAAGGGGUGACUGAGAGCUACGGGAAUGCAGACGAGGAUGACUUUGCGGAGGAUGAGAGACUGGACAACCUGAACCAAGCCCUGCCUGCCCUAGCCGCCCAGUGGGACCAACCCAACCCCAACUCCUUUUGUGACCCCUGUGCCCAGCCGCACCCCCAGGCUGCCUCAGCCUCCCACCUGCAGACCCCUACCAGCCCCUCAGACCCCUGGCAGGCUGAUAUGGAGACACCCACCCAGUAUUCCACUCAACCCUGGCUGCAGUUGGCUGCCACACCAUUUGUUCCAGCCCUGCGUGAGCCCUCACACCAGCCUGCCCCUGCAUUUGUUCCAGCCCUGCGUGAGCCCUCACACCAGCCUGCCCCUGCAUCUCCACUUGAGAAAGAGACCCUAGCCCCAUUGCAGUCCCUGUCCCCCAUAGCUGCCUCCGGCCGCGGCAUGUCACACUCCAGCACCCUAAGCGCUACGGAGCUGGCUGUCCACAGCAACAGCGAGACCAGCACCAGCACCCCAGAGGAGCUCUGUGACUACAACAGAAGCUCUGGGGUGGAGUCCCGCUCUGAGGGGGGGAAGCUCCACACCCUGCCUGCCGCCCUGGCCCCCGUGCGCUCCCUCCAGCCUGAAUUGGAGGACCAGGACCUGGGCAUCCACCUGGAGAGAGAGGACGGGGAGGUGGCAGAGACCCUGCCAGCCAACGAGGUCCCAGGGGACCCCGCCACAGCACUCACGUCCAACCCCUCGUCCUCCUCCACCACGGAGGAUGAGGCCAGUGACACGGAGGGCGAGGCCCAGCUGGAUGAGCUGUGCCAGGGCAUCCACAACACCACCUUCGACCGCAGGCCCGGCGCCCAGCGCUGCCUGUCUGCCCUGGAGGAAGGGGAGGAGACCAGUGGAGGCGCAGAAGAGGGUGGCGACACCCCCCAGUCUGCCAACUCGGUGGCAUCCUACGCCUAUGACAUGACGGCGUCCAACUCCAGUAACCACUCCACUGCGGAGAGCUGCUCCAAGAGCCCCGGCAUCUUCUCCCUGGAGGAGCUGCCUGAGGAGGCCAAGGACCCGUCACUCAUCCAGGAGCUGACCCUGCCGCCACCCCAGCAACAGGCUGCCUCGGCAAACUCCCUUCUAGUCUCCAACCCAGAGGAGCAGCAGUACAUGUUGUGUGGGACGCUUGAGACAGAGCUAGGGGACACGGGGGAGCUGAAACCCCUGGACCCCGCGCUAUUCGUGGCCCCCCAGCAGCCCGGGGAGGGCCCCGUGUCACCCACCCGCCCUACUACUCCACUGUCUGUGAAAGCACUGAGAACUCUCUCACAGGUAACGUAUAGUCCCCCCCCCCCCUACUUCCCUACAUACCCAGUAACACACCUUUUACCCACCCCUCCCCAAAGCCCUCUGCUGUUUUAGUCAUCAACGUUUUGUCCCCAACCUCCAACAUGGGUGGAUAUGAUCCAAAUGUUAAUUUUUUAAAAACGAGCAAAAAUAGGGAAGGGAAGAAAUAGACUAAAUACAGCAGUGCCACUUCCCUCGUAUGAUAUUACCUUAUGAGUAUAUGGCUUAAAACUCCUGUAUGUGCAAUAGCUACUACUAUUACUAUUAGAAUGUGUUUUUCUUUUCUUUUUAAUUAACAGAUCUGAAACAUGAACUGGCAUGGUUUGAUUUGCAUUGACUGGGCUGUUGUGACGCAGCUCUUAAGAAAAACCAAGAAGAAACAUAACAUAACAAAAGCAAAUGUGGAAUGGAAUGUUCAACUUUGUAUUUAUCCGAUUUACUUUUUACUGAACAAGAAAAUGCUGAUUAAUGUUGAUUGUAUUGUCUUGCCGUUUUCCAUCAUGAAGAAACAGACAUCUGUCCUCCUCCGCCUUCCCUAAGCACUCCCCCUUUCCUUCUGCACUUUAAGGUUAGACUGCCCCUCCCCCCUCUUUCUUACAUUUGUCCUUUUUGGAGUAUUUACCAUUACCAAGCUUUAAAUAAAGAUGAGAUAUUUAACGUGA